AUGGGGGAUUGGAAUUUAUUGGGUGGCAUCUUAGAGGAAGUUCACUCCUACUCAACCAUGGUGGGGAAAAUCUGGCUGACCAUCCUCUUCAUUUUCCGAAUGCUGAUACUUGGUGUGGCUGCUGAAGAUGUCUGGGAUGAUGAACAGUCAGCAUUUGCCUGCAACACCCAGCAGCCAGGUUGCAACACUGUCUGUUAUGAUAAUGCUUUCCCUAUCUCCCUGAUCAGGUUCUGGGUUUUACAGAUCAUUUUUGUGUCUUCUCCCUCUCUAGUAUAUAUGGGCCAUGCACUGUAUAGACUCAGGGCCUUUGAAAAGGAAAGGCAGAGGAAGAAGUCACAGCUUAGAGCCCAGAUGGAGAAUCCAGAGCUUGAAUUGGAGGAUCAGCAAAGGAUGGAUAGAGAACUGAGGAAAUUAGAGGAGCAGAAGAGGAUCCAAAAAGUCCCACUGAAAGGAUGCCUGCUGCGUACUUACAUCUUACACAUCUUGACCAGAUCUGUGCUGGAAGUAGGGUUCAUGGUAGGCCAAUAUAUUCUCUAUGGGUUUCAAAUGCACCCUCUUUACAAAUGUACUCAACCCCCUUGCCCCAAUGCAGUGGAUUGCUUUGUGUCUAGGCCCACAGAGAAGACCAUUUUCAUGCUCUUUAUGCAUAGCAUUGCAGCCAUCUCUUUGUUUCUCAACAUACUGGAAAUAUUUCAUCUGGGCAUCAGGAAAAUCAUGAGGGCACUUUAUGACAAAUCCAGCAAUGAGGGCAUUGAGGGUGAAAGGAGACCUCCAUUCCAUUUGAAAAAAUAUUCAGUGACCCAGCAGUGUAUGACUUGCUCUCCCUUCCCUGAAAAAAUCUCCCUGCUUCAAGCCAACAAUCAACAGCAAGUGAUCCGAGUCAAUGUGCCAAAUUCUAAAACCACGUGGCAUAUCCCACAGCCCAGGCAGCUUGAUGUAGACCCUUGCUAUAGUAAAAAAGACUGGGCUGAGAAGAAUCAGCACAACGGACAGCUCCAUGUCCACAGCCCUUGUCCCUGGGACAACGGUGCUAGAAUUCAGCACCCAGGACAGCAGCCAGACCAUUUAUUUGGCUUGCAGACUAUAAGACCUCACUCCUGGCUAGGUACAAAGAUGGCUCCUAGGCAUUGUCCAUCACAUACAACAGGACCCUGGGAGCAGUCCCAGGACCUACAACCCUCAGGGGAACCUCUUGCAGACUUGCACAGUCACUGCAGGCACAGCGAUGGCAGCAUGACAGACAGCAGGGUCCAAGAGGCAAGAGACAGAUCUUACCCUGGGAGUCGCAAGGCCAGCUUCCUGUCCAGACUGUUUUCUGAAAAGGGACAGCUGUACAGUGACUCAGGAAGCUCCAGUUCUCGAAAUAGCUCUUGCCAAGGCUUUCCACACCGGGAAAACAGCCCCUCACUUCUGCCUUCAGCCCCUGGGCGAAGGACAUCCAUGGUAAGUAAGAUCGACAACCUGACUGAUCAUGGAACUUUCAUAAGAGGUGUACCCCUCUCCUUCUCAUCCCUUCUUAGCCUUCUCUUCCCUCCUUCUUCGUGUGUAUAUGUGUGUGUUGAGAGAGAGGGAGAGGAGGAGAGGGAGGUUAAUUUAUGGAGAGUUAAAUUCAUUCAGUUCUUUGCCUCAUUUGAGAAGGUCUUUUUUGACACAGCAUUAUCAACACGGGGAGUUGGUAGAAGAGCCUGUGAAGACCAGGAGGAUGAAAAUGACACCAGGGCCAAGCCCAAUUAG